CGGCCGAGAGAUAAAAAGAAAACAAAAACAACUCAUCUGCCGCAACGGUCGCAAUUUCCCCGCACCGAUUGUGUUACAUUUUUUUGUUGCACUUUGUACAUUCAUUACAUUUUUCGUUUCCUUCUGUAAGCCGUAGCUCCUGUUUAGUGCCAUUUAAUUGUUGUUCGUGUGCUUUGUUCCGUACUAUACGGAUUAGUUAAAUCAUCGUGACUUAUUUUGAACCUUUUUUUUGGUUUGCCGUUUCGGUUUCGUGUGCAAUUCAGUUCCACAGUUUUGUAGCUGUGUAGUGUGUGUAGAAUAAACAAUGUCAAAACCGAACGUUCUAGUCCUUGGAGGAUGCGGAUUUAUUGGACGGCAUCUAGUGGAUCAUCUGGUUGCGAAUGAUCUAGCGGGACGCAUUAAAGUGGUCGAUAAGACGCCGCCACUAAUGGCGUGGCUUAACAGCCGACACUCGCAAGCAUUCGCGGACGCACGGGUCGAGUUUGCGAGUGCCAAUUUGAUCAAUCCAACCUCGUGCCAAAAUGCGUUCCGUAUGCAGGAGGAAGGAGGAGAGGAGGAGGAGAAGAAGCAGGCGCAAACGGUCGGCGGAAGUUGGGACUAUGUGAUAAACUGUGCGGCCGAAACGAAACCCGGCCAAACGGAUCCCGUCUACCAGGAGGGUAUACUGAAGCUAAGCUUAAACUGUGCAACAGAGGCUGUGAAGUGUAAGGCUAAGCGCUACCUUGAACUGAGCACUGGCAGUAUGUGCUCCGACGAGAAGGUGCCGAAAAAGGAGGACUGCCCCAUCGAGCCCUGGACGAUGGUGGGCAAGUACAAGGCGAAGGUCGAGCAGGAGCUUAUCGCCAUAAAGGAUUUGCCUUACACCAUAUUGAGACUGCCGAUAUGCUAUGGCGUAGGAGACCGGAAAGGGCUGACACCGCGCAUUAUUAUAGCCGGGAUUUACAAGCAUCUCGGGGAAACGAUGAAGCUACUCUGGACCGGCACGAUGAAGAUGAACGUGGUGCACGUGGAGGACGUGUGCGGCAGCAUUUGGGAGCUGCUGCAAACCGAUCGCACGCUGCACGAAACGAUCAACGUGUGCGAUGACAGUGACGCUACCCAGGGACUGAUCAGCGAGCUGCUAGCCGAUAUGUUCGCCAUCAAGAUCGAUUACUGGGGCGUUACGAUGUCCAAUAUGACGAAGCUCGACAUGGCAGGUGCUAUCGAGGAGAUUAACGACCGUCACCUUGGACCGUGGGCCGAGCUGUGCCAGCGGGACGGUGUGCAAAAUACACCGCUCACGCCGUACAUGGACCAGGAGCUGCUCUUUCAGAAGCAUCUGCAUCUGAGCAACGAGAAGCUUAAAUCGUACGGGUACAAGCUGCGCCGUCCCCGGAUCACGAGGGAACUGCUAGAGGAGAUAGUGCAGGAUUUCAUCGAUAUGGGCCAUUUUCCGCGCACCUUACUUGGCUGAGGCGUAUUUACUAUUCGUUUGCUCGUACGUUUGCAGUAGUUCCACUAGCGCUUGGCCAGCGCCCAUUAUAUACGUAUUCUUAUCUGUUAUACAUACACUAGUACGAUCUCGUGGUGGAUUUGGCGUCACGUCCAAACAAAGCAGCAUUCAGAAUCCUACGAAAGAGAAAGGUAGGAAGAAAAGACUAGAUAACGUAAAUUGUACACUAAUGAUGGGAAAGACAUACCUUAACGCCAAGCGUACACAAUGAGGUGCUACAGACAGCGAUCGAUGUACACCACAACUUCCCCCAGGUGAUCUCCGGCACCGCGAUCUUAAUGGAAGUGUACUUCUCUUUUUAUCACCAUUCCAAUCGGUGCUACGAGUGUGAUUAUCACUAGCUUAACUAAAGCGACGACGAUGGAACAAAAUUGAUCCAAUAUUAGAUAACUUGUACGCGUGUGUGAGUAGAAACUGCAUAAUUUGUGGAUAUGUAAUCUACGGAUUGUAUUAUAUUGCGUUUUUGUUUGAAGUGUACCAUGUGCCUAAAAUUUUAUCAUAAAAGUUGCAAAAGCGCAUAGCGGUCGCGGCGAUUAUAUUUGACUCAAUAAAGUAUACAUGCCUGCUUACACUUACA